UCUUCUACCACUCUGCCCCCUGUUCCCAACCCUCACACCCCGGGAGCGAUGGACAGGAGCCGUCUUUCGGGCAUCCCCGGACGGAAGCGUAGAAGGAGGGUCGGAGGAGGAACCGAACUGGAAGGAAGCCUGCGGGACUGUCGCUCCGGCGGGGGUGUCGCCUCUGCCUCGGCCCCCGGGUCCUGCCCCGUACCUGAGCCCCCGGAGCGAAUCCAGCCGGCUCCUCUUCCCUCUUUUCCGGUGUGGCACUUGUUCUGGCGGCCUGGGGCCAUAUCGUGCUUGCCGAUUUUGGCUCCGUUGGGCCACGGGGCCCCUCCCGGCCGAAGGCCCCGGGCCAAAGCCGCCUCAGCACUAGGGCCAGCUCCGGCUCCGGCUCCCCGUCCCCAUCCCCAUCCCGGGCCUGCCACCGAGGGGGUGGUGGCUUCCCGCCCUGGCCGAUCCGGGCUCCUCCCGGGCGACUCCCUGGGAUGUCCCCACGGAGCCGAGCUUGGCUGGCCAAUGGCCUUCGGAGGGAGGGGGUGGGGGGGCCGGCGGCCGCAUCUCCCCGGGGCUCCCUGGGUCCGGGACCAAGGAGCUCCGUGCCAGGGCCCCGAGUUCAUCUACAAUCCGUGCAUGUCCUUCGCUGACGUCAAUCCGAGCGGCCCCGGCUCUAUAUAAGCAGGGCUGCGGGCCCGGGACGGUCCCCGCGCUCCCGAGGCUCUGGCUCAGGGACAGCCCCCGAAGCUCCUGGCUCCCGGCCCGCAAACGCGCCCGCACACCCCGGUCCCGUCGGCGGCGGGCGGCAUGAGGCGGCUGUGGCGGCCGGCGCUGUGGACGGCGCUGCUGCUCCUGGCCCAGCUGCGCCCCGGGAGCGGCCGCGGGGCCCCGGCGGCGGCCCGAGGGGCUCCGGCCCGAAGCCCGGGGGGUCCGGCGGGCAGCCGGCCCGGCGGGGCCCGGGCCCUCCUCCUCCUCCUCCUCCUGCUGCCCCCCGAGCGCGCCCCGGCCGGGCCGGAGGCCGGAGGCCGGCCGGAGCUCGGGGCGGAGCGGCCGAAGCGGGAGGAGCCGCCGCUGUCCAUCGACCUGACCUUCCACCUGUUGCGGACCUUGCUGGAGCUGGCGCGGACCCAGAGCCAGCGGGAGCGAGCCGAGCAGAACCGCCUCAUCUUCGACUCGGUGGGGAAGUGACGGCCAGGGGGCCGCAGGGGACCGGACCCCGGGCCCGCGGGCGGGCGGACCCGCUUUCGGCUUUUCCAAUAAAA